CUAUCUUUGUAUGUUGUGUCAAUAUCCAACAAAAUAAUAAAUCAAAUUUGCAUACAGCAGUAACCAAUUUUCUGUUUUUAGCUUUAAUAUUAGAGUGAAUUGACCCAAGUAUUAUCAAACUUAAAGGCAAGAACAUUAUUUGUCUUUGUACCUUGGUAUUAAUGAUAUUUCAAAUUUUAAGUGAGUUAUAUGAAGCUGUAGGACAGAGGAUUUGUAGCUCUAAAAAACACUAUAAAAUUCACUAAAAAUAUCUCAUUUAAAAUUAAAAUAUUGUAUAACCCCAACAUACAGAUCAUCUGAACAUAUUCUUUAGUUUUGAUAAUUGGUCAUUUUGGUCUGAUAUUAAAACUAACAACAUUACAUUGGUUAAGCUGAAUGCAAAUUUGUUAUAUUACACAUUUGUAACACAGAAACAACACAUGCAGAAACAAGUUUGCACCCUUGUAUCAACCACUAUCCUCAAAGAUGAUACUAACUCAAAAAAUCAAGUGCGUUUAUGUGGUGUACCUUACACAGCUUUACCUAUUGCUACUUUAGUAUCAAUAGAUACCAAUUUACCAAUGUUAAUUCGCAGAAAAGAACAGAAAACAUAUGGCACAAAAAAAUUGAUUGAUGGUGAAUAUUCUUGUGGUGAUGAUGUAAUUGUCAUUGAAGAUGUAAUUACAAGUGGUGCUAGUAUAUUAGAAACCGUAGUUGAUUUGGAGAGAAGCAAUUUAAAUGUAUCAAAUGUUAUUGUUUUAGUAGAUAGGCAACAAGGAGGCAUGCAACGUUUAAGUGAGAGAGGACUCAAGAUCAAUAGUUUGUUCAACAUUACUGAAAUUGUAACAAUACUUAAAGAAGAAGGAAAAUUAAGUGAUGCAGUUUAUCAAAGUGUUUUAGAUUAUGUUAUAAAUAAUCAAAUUCAACCUGCAAAAGGAUGUGAAAAACCAUUAAGAACAAAACUAGAGUUUAAAGAAAGAGCUGAAUUAUUAGAAACUUCUAAAAUAGCUCAGAAAAUUUUUAAGAUAAGCUUAGAAAAGAAAAGUAACUUAUGUGUAGCAGUUGAUGUUGAUACUGCUGACAAACUUUUAGAUAUUGCUGAAAAAGUAGCACCACACAUUUGUAUUUUAAAAACUCAUAUUGAUGCCAUUAGUGGUGUCACAGAUGCUACUAUUAAUGAUUUACAACUCUUAGCCAAACAGUAUAAUUUCCUUAUAAUGGAAGAUAGAAAAAUGGCAGAUAUUGGCAAUACUGUUAAAUUGCAGUACAAGAAAUUAGUUAAUUGGGCAGAUUUAGUAACAGUACAUAGUGUUUCUGGUGGCAUGAUGUUAAAAGGCAUUCAAGAGGUGAUAAAUGAAAACACAGACUCGUUAGAUAGCCGGGGUGUGUUUAUUGUUGCAGAAUUAAGUUGCAAUGGAAAUUUAAUAUCGGAACAAUAUAUCAAAGAGACUGUGAAGAUAGCUGAAGAGUAUAAAGACAUUGUGGCUGGUCUAGUGUGCCAGUCGCCUGAUGUUAUUUCAUCUCCAAGCCUACUUCAACUUACACCCGGUGUUAAUAUUAAAAAUGCCAAUGAUAAUCUUGGCCAACAAUAUCAAAGCCCCAGCGACAUUAUUUUAACCAAAGGAGCUGAUAUUGCAGUAGUAGGUAGAGGAAUUUAUCAAGAUGACAAUCCUGCUGAAGCAGCCAAACUAUACAAAGAAUCGUUGUGGAAUACUUAUUUAGAACGUAUAUCAAAUUCUUGAUUACACUAAAUAACAAAUAUACGUAGCAUAUAAUUAAUUAAUAAAUACCAUUAAUUUGGUUUAUUUUUCAUAAAUGUAUACAGCUAUUUUUGCUACCCAUGUUUUUACUAUCCUAUGACAGGUAUUAAUUUGUAUUGCUUAAUAAUUUCAUUGUUAGGUACUACAUUUUAGUUAUAAAUUAAACAAUACUUAUUAUUUAUUAUUUAA